UUGGAAUUUGAAAAGCUAAGCUGUGAGUUGUGUAUGUGUGUGUGUGUGUUCAAUUUUCCAUUAUCAUCGUCAUCAUCUUCCACACUUCUCAGAGCCUCUCUCUCUCUCUCUCUCUCUCUCUCUCUCUCUGUGUAUCUCUAAUGGGUUCGAGCAAUAGUCGGCUGGGGUCGCGCCCUUCUCGGCCCCGAGUCAACGUCACCAACCGCUCAAAGCUCUUCUCUCUCAUCUGCGGUGGCUCCACUUCUCGCGCUACGCGUCAGAUGGAAGAUUGUCCAGCUGAAUUUCUGGUGAAUUCUGCAGAACAUUCUAAUUCAGUCAUCAAUGAAGUUCAGAACAUCACAGAGGAAACCCCUCUGAGUACCGAUACAGGAAGGUUCUCGUACUCAAAUACCGAAACCAGUGCCUUAUCUGAGAGCACUAUUGUGGCUAGUGAGGAUACUUCAGUUGAAGAUAAUUCAAUAAAUGUUGGAACGAGUAAUCGAGGGAAGUGCUUGUCUGAAAGUAAGGAGCUAGUUCCUCCUCACCAGGUAAGUGCUGAUCAUAGUCAUGAUGAGUCUUAUAGGGAUAGUUGUACUGCAACUAGUUCUUCGUUUAAAGAACAACAAUCUUCAGACCCAGUCUCUGUUAAUGUUUCCACUAACAAGGAUUCAGACAACAAUUCAGUGGACAGGGGAGUACCUUAUAUAUGUCCUGAGGUUCGUCCUAGCAGCUCGUCUCUUCAAGAUCUAGGAGAUUCAAGUUCUGAUGGAGUGUCUGUUGAGAAUCGCAUUGGUGAAGUAACUGCUGUCCAUAACUCUGAUUCUGUUCCUCAUGAUUCCAAUGUAUCAGCAACAUCUCGAUCACUGGGAGAUGAAUCUUUUCAGGAGGCAAUACCUUCUGGUUUAGGAUUCCUUGUUUCUAAUGGGGAACAGGGCUGGGGAGAUGGAGGUGUACUUCAGGUUGAUGUGGUAACCAUCUCUUCCAACAUUAUUUCAAGAAGCAACGCUGAUGAAAGUAAUCGGGAAGUCAGAAGGAACAGUAGAAGACUGUUUUGGGAUGCUUUUUCAAGACGCAGUUCUAGAAGGCACAGUGAUUCUCCGACCAUUCUUUUCUCAACAGACGAUUCUGAGAAUUUAGGAUCUCAUGAUAGAUGGCUCCUUGAUCUGAGUGGUGAUCUUUUUGAUGAUGGUGUUGGAGGUGACCGUGGAUAUCUGGGCAAUAGAAUUCAUAGCUUGAAUGAACGCCGACGGAAUUCGAGAUCCGAGAUCUGGGAAAGACUUCGUGGCAGCCUUGAUGACAGUGGUAGACGAAAUACCACUUGUCCAUCAGGUCUCCACCCUGAUGGUACAUGCUCGUGUGAGUCAGUCUUGACAAAUGAAGAAUCUAGUACUCGUGCAAGUAUAUCGCGCAUAGUUAUGCUUGCUGAAGCUUUAUUCGAGGUUUUGGAUGAAAUUCAUCGCCAACCUGUGUCACUUUCCCUAUCUAUGGUCUCUCUCCCAGCCCCUGAAUCAGUUGUUGACUCUUUCCCUCUCAAGAGUCACAAAAAGGUCAACACCUCUGAGAGCAGUGAUGUAGAACAGUGUUACAUUUGCCUGGCUGAGUAUGAGGAAGGGGACAAAAUUCGAGUUCUUCCCUGUCACCAUGAGUAUCAUAUGUCAUGUGUUGAUAAGUGGCUAAAAGAGAUACACGGUGUAUGUCCACUUUGUCGAGGAGAUGUUCGCGAGGGUUUCACCGAGUCUUCUGUUUCUAGCUCGGAGAUCCCUUCUCUCUGAUGUAAUUGUACAUAUAAAUGAGUCUCAUUACUGUACGGAAAGUCCCUUCACAAUUUGGCCAUUAAGAAAAUUGUUGGGUAGCAAAUUCUUGGACUUGAAAAUGCUCCAACAAAAUGUAUGAAGUAUUUAUUAUGUUGGCCUUUUAAGAGUAUAAUCUCCGAAAGUUCGGACAACGAAUUUGAGGUGAUUCCAAUCUCGAUCCCUCGGAACUUAGAUUAUCACACUUCCAAC